UAAGGUUUUACCCAUACACAAUCUUCUCUGCAACCAGCGGAAGCGGCGGUUUCUCCCCUUUAGCGAACAUAGAGGCGGGAGUCGUUCCAGCGGCGGCGAUCUAUUACCAGCGUUCGAAAUCGCAGCAGAAAUUCUGUUUUCUGUGUGGAAGCAAGUGCAAUGGAUGCUACUGAACAGCUUUACAGACCUCCACCAGAGUUUGAAGAGAAUACAAGGGACCCACUUGUCGACAUCUCUUUGACAGACUCGACGGAGUUUUGGCUUAUUCAGUGGCCACAUAAUCAAACACCUGAUUUUGAUGGGCAGGAGGUCACACUCAAGUUGCAUCGAGAUGGACGGAUGGGCAGCUUUGAAGGGUCAUCCGGAAAAGAGUAUGAGGUGGUUAGCUUUGCAUCUCAGGAACCAGAUGCAACUGUUUUUCUAUCUUCCCCAUCAGAGACACAAAUUGUUGGGAAGAUUUCUCGGCGGGUUUGUCUAGUCCAUUACCCAGAACCAAGCGAACUGGAAAAACCUUAUAAUCAUCCAAAUCGUAUGAUGUAUAGAUCUGGAGGGACUUCCACUGCAAACACUUUCGCAACCCCAAGUCAGAGCACCAAGCAGAGAGCUUCCCACUAUUCAAGUGGAAUAUCCAGUAUAAAAGAAAGAAGUUCAUCACGUUUUGAAAGUGGAGAACCAUCAAAGCGCCCCAAGAAAAGGUACAAUAAUGAACCUACGAGAUCCAUGGAUCGAACUAGAAAUUCAGAGGGAACAACAGGUCAUAGUGAUGUUACAUCGUGGGAGUCCGGACAUUCCAAACAAGGGAAAUCAAAGAAGAUUAAAGAGGAAGAGUAGGAUUCUCUCUUCUUUUUUUUUUCAUUUUUACGUUUGUGGAUUAUUUGAUUACAAAAACAAUCAAAGGCAGUUUUGGGUCCGGCAGGAAGCCUAAUUCCUGGAGGCUGAAUAUGAAAAACAUGAAUCGUGAUUUAUCUUUA